AUGAACGGGGACAAUUAUUCUUCGAGAGAGUCGGGGCGACCCAGAGACCACCAUGGUUCGAGGUAUGAUCGCGACGACCGCAGAGACCGUGGAGACCGUGGAGACCGUGACCGAAACCGAGAUCGAGGCGACCGGAGACGGUCGAGAUCCCCGCACCAUCGACCAGCGCGACGUGACUACGAGGGCGACACAUAUUCCUCAAGUCGAGACUAUCGAGCGCGGGAGCGAGAAGACAGAUAUGGCUCUAGACGAGAGGAUCGUGGCGACUGGGACAGAGAACGAGGGCCGAGACGUCGUGAUGACGACCGGCCGCCGCGGAGGGAUCGCGAUCUCUUUGACGACAGAAGAGGAGGCGGCGGCGGCGGUGGUGGUGGCCGCGACCGGGGCGGACGAGAGGACCGCGAUGAAUUCGCCGCCCAAGCGCGCGGCCACAGGAACAGUCCCCCUCCCAAGAAGCGCGAACCCACCCCCGACCUCACCGAUGUCGUGUCCAUCCUGGAGCGCAAGAGAAGAUUGACACAAUGGGACAUCAAGCCGCCGGGCUAUGAGAAUGUCACGGCGGAACAGGCCAAGAUGUCGGGCAUGUUCCCGCUGCCGGGGGCGCCUCGUCAACAGCAGAUGGACCCGACUCGACUACAGGCGUUUAUGAAUCUCCCGUCGAGCGGUGCUAAUAACACGGCGCUCAAACCAUCCAACGCGCGACAGUCGAAGCGGCUGUUCGUCUACAACCUGCCUGCAUCUGUUACCGAGGACGGUCUCGUGCAAUUCUUCAACCUGCAGCUCAACGGCCUCAACGUGACCAAGAGCAGCGACCCUUGCGCCCAAGCCAAUAUUGCCGAGGACCGAAGUUUCGCUUUAGUCGAGUUCAAGAACGCGUCUGACGCGACACUUGCCGUGGCCCUGGACGGCAUCACGAUGGAGGAACACCAUAGCGAGCUGAAUGGCAAUGGAAACGGAACCGCCGCGCCCAAGGGGUUGGAAAUCCGCAGGCCGAAGGAUUACAUUGUUCCAUCCGCCGAUGACGACGCCUACACGGAGGGAGAAAUCUCAUCGGAAGUCCCCGACACUGCAAAUAAACUGGCCGUCACCAAUCUUCCUCCGUUUUUGACCGACGACCAGGUCAUCGAACUGCUGAAGGCAUUUGGAGAGUUGAAGGCGUUUGUUCUAGCUCGGGAGCCCGAUACUCAGGAGUCAAGGGGCAUUGCCUUCUGCGAGUACGCCGAUCCAGCAGCCACCCCGGUUGCCAUCGAAGGAUUGAACGGCAUGGAUCUAGCCGGCAAUCCGAUCAAAGUGACCCGAGCCAGUAUCGGCUACCAACAGGCCGCUGGCCUGGACAUGGGCAUCAACGCCAUGUCCAUGUUUGCCGGUACCACCUCCGACGGUCUUGAGGAGACCCGGGUUCUACAGUUGUUGAACAUGGUAACUCCCGAGGAUCUCAUUGACAAUGAUGAUUAUGAAGAAAUCUGCGAAGACGUCAUGGAAGAAUGCUCGAAAUACGGCAAGAUUUUGGCAAUGAAGAUCCCGCGCCCCUCGGGCGGCAGUCGACAAUCCGCGGGCGUGGGCAAGAUCUUCCUGAAAUACGAGGAUGCCGAGUCUGCGAAGAAGGCGUUGCAAGCUUUAGCCGGGAGGAAGUUUGCCGAUCGGACUGUCGUGACUACUUAUUUCGACGAGGUAUGUGUACACCCCCAGCCAAGAUUGGUUGUCAACGCCGGUGCUUGA